AUGAAAAUAUUCGUUCCUGGCUUUGGAACACAAAUUUAUGACGAAAACAAUUUAACUUUUAAUGCUGAUUUGCUUAUUAAAUUUCGUGUUGAACAAAGCACUUGUCGAAUAGAAUUAAAUGCCUUAAAGCUUACUUUUGAUUAUUAUAAUCUUGAAAUGUAUCAGUUGGAUCGGGUGGAUCAGAGGUAUCAAAAUAUGUCUAAAUCUGUUCCUAAGGUUGUUGAGGUCUUUUUUGAGUUAGACGGGACAUUGGAGAAAGGCGAACAUUACAUUAUUCGGAUUCCAUACACGGGACCAAUCGCCACAAAACUCGCUGGCCUCUAUUUAACAACAUACACAACUCUCGCUGGUGAGCAUAAAUUUGCGGCAGUUACACAGAUGGUGCCUACUGGUGCGCGAAGAAUGGUUCCUUGUUUUGAUGAGCCACAUUUUAAAGCUAUUUAUCGACUUAACAUUAUCCAUCCUUUUGGCUCCAGAGUUGUUAGUAAUUCGAAAGAGAUUCGUGAUGGAGUGCCUACAGACAAUAACGAAUGGGUUUGGACAGAUUUUGAUGAGACACCUCCAAUGUCUUCAUUUUUGCUGGCUUUGGUAGUUUCUGACUUUGAAUUUGUUGAGGGAUAUACAAAACGUGGAAUACGAUUUCGAAUAUGGGCAAGAAAAGAUAUUAUAAACUUUACUUCUUAUACUUUAGAAGCCGGAAUUCGUAUUUUAGAAUUUUAUGAAGAUUAUUAUGGAAUUAAGUUCCCUCUUCCAAAACAAGAUAUGGUGGCUUUUCCCGAUUCUGAAGCCGGAGGGACAGGAAAUUGGGGAGUGGUCACAUUUCGUGAAAAAUAUCUUCUCUAUAGUCCAGAGUUAUACACUCCUCAACAAAAGAUGGAUAUUACCUCAAUUAUCGCUCACGAAUUAGCUCAUCAAUGGUUUGGUAAUUUGGUUACUAUGCGUUGGUGGAGUGAUUUAUGGCUUAUUGAAGGUGUUGCGACUUUGAUGGAAUAUUUGGGUACAGAUGCAAUCAACAACGGCAGCUUUAGAAUGCGUGAUUAUUUUAAUAUUAAAGACUUAAGCACCGCAUUUGACCGAGAUUCUCGAACAACAUCACAUCCUUUAUUCUUUGAAAUUCAAAAAGCUGAAGAUGUUAACGAAGCUUUUGACCCAAUAACUUACAGCAAAGGUGCAAGCGUUUUGAGGAUGAUAAGAUCUGUGAUGGGCGAAGAAUACUUUAAAAGUGGAGUAAAUAUCUACUUAAACCGUUUCAAAUACCAAAAUGCCGAACACUCUGACCUAUGGGAUGCAUUAACAGAAGCAGUCCCCCAGCAUCUACUUGACAGAGAAGGAAACUCUUUUAAUGCUACAAAGUUCGCAAAAUAUUGGACUGAAGAAACCGGAUUCCCUGUUCUAAAAGCAUGUUCUAAUUUAAAAAUAAAUUAA